AGUGCACACAAUACUCAUAAUCAUAUUAUAGGACAGCUUUAUGGCAGGGAAAUGUUGAGAUGAAAUGUUUUCAAUGUAUCGUCAUGCGGGUCACUCCUCUCUCUCGUUGUUCUCGUUUCAGUCGUUUUAUGAGUUCUGCUGGCAGCGGUACGCGUCGUCAAUCGAUUGAGUGGUGUGAAUUCCAGCGCAAGCCAGUUAUAAGCUGAACCACCACUCAUCCGGGAAGCCAUCAGAGCAGUCAUGGAUUCCAACCAGAGUGCAGUGAUCGCGGGUGAGUGUGGGCCCAGAUAAGCUGUCGUCUGCCCCGAUAAGAUAGAUAGCAGCCAUGAUAUGAUGUCUGGGAUUAGCUGAAAGAUCUCCGAGUGCCAGUUGAGUUAAAGCAAUCUGGCAUUCUGCCAAGAUGCCCAUCUUUGUGAGCUCCUAUACUCUGCGUGCGAUCAGCAAAUUCUAUGCCCACCAAGAGCAGAGCGGUUACGACAAGCUUGCCCACUUGGCAAAUCAGCUGAAUUUUUUUAUCUUGGCUAAGCUCCGUCAUGUGUUGUUUGCUCUAUAUUUCGCUAUGAUAGCAUUGCGCCACGGCUCAGAGGCGACCUCCGACGGCAAGAGAUCUCGAUCCCUCUCCCAGGGCACAUAUGGAAGCCUCGGCACUGCGGAUGACAUCUUUAUUGCUGUCGAUGCGGUCAGCGGUAGUGUCAGUGAGUCUACCCCACUGCUGGACAAAGCCGCAGCACCUCCCCCAUCUCCCCCAUCGAACCACACAAAAGACUGCCUCAAUUGGCGCUCUGUGGGAUUGCUAGUUAUGUGCGUCUCCGCCCUGGGAUUGGCUGUAUAUUUGCUCUGGAGACAAACCCAACUGCCCGGCCUUGGGUAUCGCCUGAGUCUGAUCGAGCACGAUAUCUGGAGCGAUAUGGACCUGCAUGGCCAGGGAUCACGGCUGUUGGAUCCGUUUGCUGUUGUUUCUGUGUACUUUACCCACACGUCCAGCGCUGCUUGCUCCGACGAUUGCCUGGAGCUGCUACACAGGCUACAGCAGAAGCAUCGCUUGGAGGAGCUGCCCUACAACUUUCUUAUAACCGGCGACUGUCAGGCUUUCGAGGCACGCGGCUGGCAGUAUGAGAGUCACUUUGCAGAGCUCCCACAGGCCACUUCCCUGGUGGUGGCCUUUGUAGGGGACUUCAGCCAGAGGCCGCCCAGUGACUGCCAGUUGGCGACCGCCCAGGCACUGCUCCUGGAGUCCCUCAAGCGACGGAGACUCCACCCGGAAUACAAUCUGUUUGUGGUGGGAAAUGCGGAGGCUGUGCAGCAGGAGCUGCAGCUCUGGCCGCGCUAUGGUGGAAGGAGGAGAAGGAAGAGGAGGGAAGUCGAGUGAGUAGAGUCGAGCAGUUCCAAGUGAUUCCUCUCGU